GCGAAGGCGAAUAAACACGGGAAACUUCUUGUUGGACAUGGAAGGCAGGCCCGGCUGGCUCCUGGCCUGUCACGAGCGGUGGAAUCUCUCCCUGGGGACUCUGAUCUGUAGGCAGCUGGGAUACCUCCAACUCGCCCACCACAAAGGAGUGAACCUGACAGAUGUCAAGGUGAACGAUACGCAAGAGUUUGUUCAGAUUGUGCCCAACCAGAAGAGCAGCAUUGAAGACGUGUGGCAGGUCAGGAGCAGCUGUGCUUCAGGGCGAAUUGUGGCUCUGAAGUGUUCCGAGUGUGGCCUGCGCUCCAGGGCAGCCCGGAUCGUGGGCGGAAGCGACGCCCUGUUGGGACGCUGGCCGUGUCAAUCCCACAGCAGGCCGGGGCGGCGGUGGAGAAAAUCAUCUACCACCCCCGCUAUGACGACAGGAGUCACGACUAUGACAUCGCACUGA